AUGGCUUUGACGAAGAGAUAUGUUAUCUCCAGAUUCCUAAUGGCUAGAACAAGGACGAAAUGUUUAUUUAUAUUCUUUUUUUCCAUCGCCUUGUACAUCGUUGUUAGCUUCAUUGCUCUACUUUUCCGUGAAAAUGGCGUCCUCGACGUUCCUGCUAGCUUCGUCGAAAGAGAAAAGCUCGAACUUUCUACCGUAAACUUGCGUUAUCUUCCUCGGACAAACGUCGAAAAGCACGUCUGGCGUGGUUACGAGCAAGAGAGAGAUGCAGACGCCAGCGAAAUUUCUGACAGUAAUGAGUCCCGCAAUCAGCUACCGGACAUUGAAAGUGAAAAUAACGGCGAGGACAACAUGCAGGGACCUAAGCCAAGAUUUUUGUAUGUUUUUCGCUAUUAUGAACAGUUAGGCCGAGCCACUGCCAACAUUCUAGCGCUGGCUUCGCUAGCUAAAUUUAAGAAUCGCGCAAUUGUUGUUCCGUUUGUGAAUAACUCACGUAUGUCAGGGCUGCCAGGAGGAGUGAGUCACUACUACCGAAAGGUUGAAAAAGUAAAAAACUACGCUCCACUGGAUACAUAUUUCGACGUGCAAGACUUUAAUUUCAAGUUAGAAUCUCAUGGUUACAGUACUUUUAAGCGUUUUCAUGACCUCGAGCAUCACUGUUCGAACAGAUUUCAAGUCGUUGUUCACUUCUUGUUCGACAAGGAAGAUUUCAUGAAAAAUACGGCGUCGUGGUACAGAGCUAGUGAUGCGGAGGUGAAAGCUAUGUACAAACAAGCGAAGGAACACAAUGGCUGGAUUGAUUGCCCUUGGAUAAAGCGAUCUCGACUUAGUAAACAGAUCGGUUUUAAAAUAAGCCGGUAUGUGUGUGUGGACCCGGAAGUCAUAAGGUCUGGCCAAGAGCUCGAGGACAAGGUUCUCCAAGGAGCAACCUGCGUUGGGAUCGUUCAGUGGAGAGGAACUGGUGAUGAACGCACGCAUUUUCCACUUCACCCAGCCAUCGCCAAUCCACUUCAACCGUCUGAUCUGGAAUUUAACGCAAAUCUUGUGAGAAUUGCCAGAAAUUUUGUCAAAAACACAUUCAAGGGAAAAUUUAUAGGUGUUCAAGUGCGUUCGGAGAGACACGUGCAACGAAAAGGCGCCAACAUAACAAGGCGAUGUUUCGAAAAACUGGCUGCUCGGGUUCAAGAGUCGCGGGAAGCGAUUCAUGCUCGUCAAGUUUAUUUAGCUUCGGAUUUGACUGAUUACGGCUCAGACACACUCAGGGACAUUGCAGGGGCGAACGAUCGUCAAUCUUUAUCCCUCUUUUUACACAAGCUUCUUAACAACCCAGAUACAUUUGACCCAACAGGGAUACUUUACGACAACGGAGCCAUUGCAAUUGUGGAAAUAAAUAUUCUCUCCAUGGCAACGCGACUAUUCACCCUUGGCGGGGGAAAUUAUCAAGAAUGGGCUGUAGGGUUAUUUUUAAAGCGACAUAAUGACGAGUCCAGAAGAAUUCAUCGAAUGUGUGAACUGGUUUAA